UGUGUGCCCGUGAAGCUCACUGGAAUGAAUGAACGAAUGAACAAGUGUGUGGAAGAUUGAGAGAGAGAGAGAGAGAAAGAAAGCGGUACCGUAGAUCGUUCACCGAGCCCCAGAAUGAACGUUCGUUGCGCGUUCGGGAUCGAACAUUCGAACGGGAGCGAUUCAUUCGAGCAGUUGUGACUGAUCGAGCCGGACGCGACCACACUCCGGUGCGUACAUUGGUGUGGUGUGAUCGUGUUAUGUCUUUAGAGGAACACGCGCGUCGUAGGACAAUCGUUGGCAAACACGGUUAUUCGAUCGUUGACCAGUUAACGAUCCCAGUGCAGAAGUCUUAACGAGUAAGCUUAACUUAUUGAACAGUGAGUUUGAAAGUGUUACCGAGGUGUUGGUGAGCGUGAUUGUGAAGAAAAGCUAUUGAUGCUUAAUUGUGAUAUAUAAUGCAGCAAUAUGCAGUAAAAGCCAAACGCAGUAAAACGAUAGAAAUUUUUGAUCGAGUGCAAUUUACGGGAAGUUUCCGAAAGUGAUGGUGAAAAACCAAAAUGGUGUACUACGCAAAUAAGUCCUAACACUCGUGCACGAAACAUUGGUCGUCCCUAGUGUACGUCGGUCCGACAAAGCUAGGUCCAGUGUGAUACGAUACGUACUAGGUUUUGGGGGGAUUUCAACACACAAAAUAAAAUACGCACACAAAAGGACAUUCGCUCAUUUCCGGUCGCGGUUUAAAAUCGCCCAGCGUCAGUAUUUCAAUUCCCACAAGUGUCCACUUGUGCAGGGUCGCGCAAGGGGAGGGUAGUCAGGGGUAGUGGUAGGGAGUCGCUAGUGGAUCAUCAUCUCCCCCCUGAGGGGGCUCAAAGCAGCAGUUCAGGCAAAACAGGGGAGCGUGUUUAGUGUACGCAAUGUCCAGCGCAUGGCCCCCGGGGCCAACCGGAACCGGAAGGGCCCGGAACCGUGGCGGUACGGCACCGCCCAUCAAUCAAUGGCUGGUGGGGCGUCCGUCAACCGUCAACCGUCCGCUAUCAACGGUACGGUUGCUGCUGGUGGUAACACUCGCGGUGACUGCCGUCCUGCUAUCAAACGGUGCGCACGGGUCGACGGUACCGGCCGCCGGUGAGCUCGGCGAGGACGACUAUUCCGGCGCUAUUCAGGAUCUCGAAACGGGCUGCAUCAAUCGUUGCCCCGAUCAGAACCAAACGAGCUUUACCGAGCACAUCGAUGCCAGCUGUGGAAGCGACUGCUACAUCAAACAGUGUACGUUUGGCUGCCGGCAGUGGGAGCUUGCGCUCGAGUCCAGCUGUCAGCAUGCGUGCAACGUCAGCGAUCAGGAACUGUUGGAGGCACGGGAAUGGUCCUGCAUUGCUGGAUGCAACGAUGGAUUGAGCCGGUACUUUCGGUGGCUGAAGGCGGAGAUUGGUACACCGCAUGCACCGGCCCUUGUAGCGGACAGUCUUACUGCGACGGCACUCGCACUGGAAUGGGAAGUCCCGGAGCGGUUGGUACGGUUGGCACGGCACAGGAAUCGGGGUCCACGUAGCUAUCUGGUGCAGUGGCGUUACGAGGAGGUAGCCGGUGAUUGGAAGUACUACCGGAACCAGAGCAUGGGUGACAGUUCGACCGUGCGCGUUGACAAUCUGCAGCCAUACACCAAAUACCGGUUUCGAGUGGCGCUACUACUAUCGCCACACCACGACCAGGUCCUGACGUCCGAGCAGAGUGUCAUCAUCAGCACGCUACCGUCCGGCGUGCCUACCUCGGAACCCACCAUCGUGCGGGCAGUUGCGGUAGAUCACUCGCGCAUCUCCAUCUCCUGGGAACCGGGCCCGUUCCCGAACGGUCCCGUACUGUCAUACGUGCUGCAAAUCAAAGAUCUACAUCCGAUCGGCUACACUGCUCUGAAGGAAAUCCCGGAGUCUAACACCUCUCGCCAUUACAUGUUCGAGAAGCUGGAACCGGAACGUAACUAUUCCGUGUCGGUAGCGAUGAGCAAUCCGGCCGGUGAAGGUCCUGCCUCAGUUACGCUCGUGACAACACCGCCCAAACCAACCGGUCACGAGGAAGCACUACUUCCAACGCUUAUCCUCGGUGCGGAACGUUCCAUCCUCGCCCAAAGCUCGCUGACACUGUUCUCUGACCCACCGACAAGCGUGUAUGCAAGCAUCGAGCACAAAAUUCGCGGCACAGCUACCCAUAUUCGCCGUGGGCUACUGUUCGUGUCGGACGAUGCCGGUUUCAUUUACCGUGCCCCAUCUCGGCCCGGUGCCGAAAAGAAUCGGGUCGCGAUCCUAGUUCCGGGAGCGGCCAACAACUUCCGCCCAACGCUACUGUCGGUCGAUUGGCUGAAUGAGCAUCUGUACAUACUGGGACAGGCACGGCCAACGAAGCUGUGGCAGAUCGCGUACUGUGACUUUACCGGCGAUCAUCUCACGGUAGCGAUCGCGGGUCUGCAGCGUCGCCCAGAUCAUUUUGCCGUCGAUCCGUACAAUGGGUACCUGUUUUGGGUGGUGGGAGGUACCGGGGCCGAUGCGGGCCUGUUCCGGCUCGAUCUCGGUGACAUCUCGAACGGUGUGCGGCACGAGAUCCGCCCUCUGCAGAUGGUAAGCGAACACAAUUUGGGUGCGUUUACGCUGGAUCAUGCCAACUUCCGUGUGCUGUUGGCGGAUCAGGGCCUGAACACAGUGUUGGCAGUAUCGCUCGAUGGGAAAAAGCUGGAAGACAUCCGGAACAACACCCAGCAGCCACGUUUCGAGCGUGUUAAAUCGCUGGCAAGAGCGAACGGGCUGUUUUACUGGACGAACGGUACGGAGGUGUUUGCGGAGGACUACCAUCGGCUGCACGAUAGCUACUAUCACAACGCGUUCCCGAUAGCGGCCAACAAUACGUACUUCAGCAUCAGCGUUAAUCUGACGGCCGAGCAACCGAUCCCGAUACCGGUGAAUCCACCCCGCAACCUCCAGGCACUUGCCUCACCGGACAAGCUGAAGGUGUCCUGGGACGUGCCGUAUCUGCUGGGGGUGAAAGGACGUGGUGCUUGGCAGUCCUGGAGCUAUAGGGUUGAGGUGAAGGAUGAGCAGCUGGAGUCGGUGCUGCAUGUGGCCACUGUCAACGCAACCAGCUACGCAUGUGACAUCGCUGGGCGGCUACUACCGAACCGUGUGUACACCGUGCGUGCGGCCGCUUUCACUGCUGCUGGUCGUGGUCCGUGGAGUCGGGAGUUCCGUGUGCGGACACUACGCCCCGAAAGUCAACACCAUCUGGUGUGGGCUAGCACGGACGGUAUCGUGCGCAGUGAUGUGAUCGGUGAGCAUGUGUCCACGCUUAUACCACGGUCGUCCGAGUUGGAUGGUGCUGCCGUAACUAGCCUUGCCUGGCACGCGCGUAUACUGUACGUGGUGAGUAAUUCGACGCUCAGGCUCUAUCGAGAACCAACCGCGCCCGGUGGCGAAUGGACGAAGUUGCGCGAGCUAGAAUCGGUCGAGUGUGUGGCGAUCGAUUGGAUUGGCGAGCGGUUGUAUUACUCAAAUCCGGCCCAGCAGCUGAUCGUCCGGUCGGGACUGCUCGGCGAGCAACCGGAACCGAUACACAGUGUGAUGAACGUGCGUGAGAUACGGUUUGAUGCGUACCGCGGGUACAUCUACUGCUCGUCCGGGCUCAUACUCGAAGCGUUCCGGCUGAACGGCAAAAGCCGGGUGCUGUACUUCAGCGAGAAGCUGUUCACCGGCAAACAGAUCAUCGGCAUGACGCUCGAUCACGACGGGAAACGAUUGUUCUGGAUCGUUCGGAGCUACUCACACUCACACCUCUACUGGGCACCGCUAGCCGGCUAUCCUGCUACCGCCGGAUCGGCCAGUGGAACCGGUACGCUUCCUUCCCUACCACUUACCGACCAAACGCCGCAAGGUCCGCUGCUUCACUUCAGCGAUCGUUUGCUGUGGCUGAAAGAAAGUCAAGUUGUAGUUGGCGAUGUGAAAGGUGAAAAUCUUGCCUACAUACGCAACCACCAUCUGAACGGAACGCGCGCCCUGGCCCUGAUCGAUCCGACGCCUAAAACGCCCUCGAUUAACGUUUUGCCGGCCACGGUGAACGCAAGCUCGAUCCGAGUGACGGGCGAUUGGAGACGCUUCAACGUUAGCUGGACGCCGGUAAAAAACGUCAACUACAGCACCGUAUUCUACAAGCUCACGCUCAAACUGCCGGACGCUCGGGAUAUCGUGCAGGAGCUAACCGUGCCGUACUUUGUGUAUGGUGGUAGUAGUGGUACUGGUAGCGGUGACGAUACCGAUCUAGCCAGUGCCGAACACGGCCCAAUACCACCGUACACACGGAUCGACAUAACGCUGCACGCAUUCACUUACUGGCGGUCAUCGGGAUUCUCGAGCGUGAGGCGACACACACCGGCAGGCAAACCGUCGGCACCGGUUGCACCUCGUGCCUACAUCCAACACCAUUAUCUGCCCGGUACACACGAACUCAGCACCGGCAUCGUGUUCCGUUGGUCUCCGCCGACCGAACCGAAUGGGCCGAUCGUUGCGUACCGAGUUGACUGUUGGUCGACCUACGAUGAAACGAAGCGACGUGUGCUGCUGGACGGUGUGGAGGUGCGGAACAGACGCACCGAGCUACAGAUACCCGUACCCGCACAGCCAGAUAUUACGUACUACCUGCAGGUGCGCGUCUGUAACGUCGAUCACAAUGGCGAUCCUAGCGAGGUACGUUCGAUUGAUUUGCGCGAUGGACGUCCACUACCGCUGCUGUACGUAGCCACCAAUGAUCAGAUACUGCUGCUGGAUCUGGAUCUGCGGGAGAGCACUCCGAUCGUUGCCACUGCCAUACCGGCUAUCCUACUGGCCGAACUGCGUCACGAACGUAAGCUGUUCUGGGUGAAUGUGAACGGUGAGCUGUUUAUGCACGACGAUGCGGACGGUAAGCGCAAGCUAGCACAGGUACCGUCGCGUGCGACAGCCCUCACCGUCGACUGGAUCACACGCACCGUGUACGUCCGGUCGCAAACACCUUCUGGCAAUGGGAGCACGCUGCAUGCGUACGAUCUAAACCGAUUCGAGAGUGGAGGCUCCGAUCCGGUUCAUCGCAUGUUCAGUCUCCCUGCAGAACCGACAUCGAUUGAACUGUUGCAAUUUUUACCGAACGAGUCGGAGUUGCUUGCACUGUCCCGGGCAUCUCGGGCCGGUUACAUAAUCUCACUCGAAGAACCUGACCGUGACCCGAUUACCUUCAACUGUGUAGCUGAACCGAUAGACGAACGGAUGCAACGGUUGUGUGAGGAGUAUGCGUAUGAGUUUGACGAACACGAGCAACGUGGAAUUGUGGAGGAUGAAGGUUACCUGUACUGGAUCAGUCCCGAAGGGACGGUGAAUGUGCGAACCCGUGAUGAUCCUCCGGCAACAGCUACACGGGAGUUCCUACUCGCAGGCGCAGUCGCCUUACUACCAGUGCAGCAACAACAACGCUACCCGCCCGAGCGUUGUCUCGUUCCCGUUGUGCAACACAUCCAGUAUCUGCCGGAGCUGUACAAUAACACCGAGAACUCGAUCAUGCUACGACUGCCCGAACCGGAACGCCAUCCCGACUGUGAGCGACGGCCACCGGCAGUACGGUAUCGUAUCAUGUAUCAGCUGGAGGACGAGCCGGCCGCCGACCUGUCCGUGGACUAUUCCUACGAGAUGAGUCGUACGAUCGGCAACCUUCGACCGUACACUAGCUACCGGUUUGGUAUCACGCUUACCAACUACUACCUAACGGCGGGUUUAGCUGUCACCGAACGGUUACUGUCCGCCGGUGUGGAAACGACCGAAACUCCCAAACACUUUAUGCCGGUCGUUUUCCGGACGGCUGUUGGACCACCGUCUCGACCGGAAGACAUUACCGCGCUACCGAUCAGUCCAACGGAGGCGAUUGUAAGCUGGACACCAUCGCGCCAAAAGAACAGUCACCAUGUGUGGUAUGAGAUAUGGCGUGCGGAACCGGGCGAGCAUAAAAGCCGGCAGCAACAGCUUGUGACAGACUUUAAGAUGGACGACACCUUCAUGACGGCGGAGAUUGAUCGGCUGCAGCCGAACCAGACGUACAUCAUCUGGGUGCGUGCGUACUCUAACUUCCACGCGUACAGCGAUAGUGACAAGUUCCAAAUACAAACGUUCCCGGAGCCGGGCGAUAUACAACUGCUGUCGCUCAACUCUACCGGUAUCCGUUUGCGAUGGAUUCCUCCUCCAAACUGCCAGAAGUACAAAAUUCAGUACUCUAUCGCUGGACAACACAGCUGGACGACGAUGUACGAUUCGAUGGUGCCAGUAUCCGUGUGGUACAACUAUUAUCACGAGGUGAACGAUUUGCUCCCUAAGACAAAGUAUCUGUUUACGGUACUGCUGUACUAUCCGUACCGGGAAGAACCGUACAUGUGGCCACGCGAUCGUGACAUACUCUUCGAAACGAUGGCCGAUCGACCGGCUGCUCCAGGGCGUCCGGAAGUCACGAAACUUCGGCAGGACGUGUACAAGGUUAGCUGGGAACCGGCAAAGGAUAAUGGUGCCUUUAUUGAGGAGUACGCGCUGGAAGCACUCGUAACGCAGUCGAACCGGGCCGUCCGGUUAGUGAUGCCGUCGGAGGACGAGACGGAACAGGUGGUUGGUGCAAGCGGUAGCAACGAAACGGCUCCAUCUACAGAGGUGGAAACGUACGACGAACACUGGAGCCAGGUGUACAACGGUACGGACGUGUACUGGAUCAUACCGGAGCGGCACGCCAUCCAGAGCAAUCUGUUCCGGGUGCGGGCACGCAACUCCUAUGGUUGGGGUCCGUACAGUGAGGAGAGUCGACUGACCGGUGCGGAACUGUACGUGCAGCGCACCGUUGCCUACAUUGCAACGUUUGUCAUUACUAUCGGUGUUUUGGUGGUGUUUGUCUCGGUGACGGUGUUAUUAGUACUACGUUCGGCUGAUAAAAUGAAGAAAAAGGACCCGGCUAAUGCUCGGCUGUCCGACGUUGAGUUGGCGAACUUGCGAGAGCUUCCACGGCGUGGUAACUUUGUGCAAACUACCAACAUUCUGUACAGUUCAGGCUCCAUGACUGACUCGGACAUAGCGCUGUUGCCUCGCAUACGUCUCGACCAGAUCUUUAUGACAAGCUCCUCGUUGCUCGGUAGUGGAGCGUUCGGUGAAGUAUACGAGGGUGUUGUAAAAGGUGUCGAUGGCGAAGCUGAAACACGAGUGGCGAUCAAGACACUCAAGAAAGGUGCGAAACUACACGAGAAACAAGAGUUCCUACAGGAGGCCCAGCUGAUGAGCAACUUUAAGCACAAGCACAUUACGCGCCUGCUCGGCGUAUGCCUCGAGGCGGACGCACUGCUCAUCAUCAUGGAGCUGAUGCAGGGUGGCGAUCUGUUAAGCUAUCUGCGUCGCAGCCGUUCCCUGCCCGGUCAGGCGGCACGCCUCACCAUGCUCGAUCUGAUCUCGAUGUGUCAGGAUGUGGCGUCCGGCUGCCGGUAUCUGGAGGAGAUGCACUUUGUACACCGCGAUCUGGCAUGCCGCAACUGUCUGGUGUCGUCAACGGAUCCGCGUGACCGGGUCGUGAAGAUCGGUGACUUUGGGCUGGCACGGGAUAUCUACAAGAAUGACUACUACCGGAAGGAGGGCGAAGGUUUGCUGCCGGUGCGUUGGAUGUCACCGGAAAGUUUGGUGGACGGUGUGUUUACGUCGCAGUCGGACAUCUGGGCGUUCGGGGUGCUGCUGUGGGAGAUCAUGACGCUCGGCGAACAGCCGUACCAGGCGAAGAACAAUCUCGAGGUGCUGAACCACGUGCGUGAAGGUGGCCAUCUUGACCGGCCAAAGGUGUGCCCGAACGAAGUGUAUGAGCUUAUGAAGUACUGCUGGAGAUUCUCCCCGGACGAGCGACCCACGUUCCGGUACUGCCUGGAGGUGUUGCGGACGCUGCGCGAAAAUACUAGCGAAGAUACGCAAAUCAUUGCACCGUUCCCGGCAAAAUUGCAGCAAGAGCCCGUUUGCAAUCUGGCUUACCUGGUAUCCGAAUGCGUCCAGGUGUCAACACCGGCAGGAUCACUGCGCUAUGGUGGAAAUGAUGGCGGAAUGAUCGCCACACCACCAACCUCGAGCAGUGGUAGCAGUGGCGCCACCGGAUGCCUCAACGCAACCUCCCCGAAGUAUCUCGAGCUGGUGUACGAGGACAGUGGCGACCAGGACCAACCGGACGGUUUCAGCAUCCUGCAGGACAGUGCCAGCCCAGUAUCGUCGACACCCACCGACAAUGGGUACGAGAUACCGAUCAUCGACACGCGGGGCCAGUUCGCUGAGACAAGCAGCAGCAGCUCGUCGCGCCACACGCACCCGACCAGUCUUCCUAGCCAGCCGCUGCUCGUGCCCAACCUUUCGGUGCUGCUGCCGGACGGUGGUACAGGGGCCGGCGACGGCGGGCGAGACUUCCAGGCGAUGGGAUCCCACUCGCCGGUUGCCACUACCAGCAGUAGUAUUAUGGAGCGGGAGGAACGACCUACCAGAAGCUGAGCUGAGCUGCGAUCGUAUCGAGCUAGGAUCGUAGGUUUUGAUGGCGACGGCUGAUUUUUAGAUAGGAUUAGUGAACAGUCAUAUGAGUUAAGGUGUUGAUUGACCCAAUCAACGUAGAGAGAGAGAGAGCGAGCUGGAAACUAAACGAAAUUAACGAAAGUACGAAAGUUCCCUCUGACCCCAGAACGCAAUGCUUGCCGAAUCCAACGCAAGCAAGGAUAUCGGUGUACGAUUUAGUAGGGUCAGUUUUAACCAAACUAGUCGCAUGCUAGGUCACUCCACUGCUAGCCCUAGUACGCUCCAGCGUGUUCGGCUCGACAACUAAACAAAAGGGCGUCAACAUCAGAGCCAUCGCACGGGCUAUUCGUUCAUUGUACACUUUAGUUCGCGAAGACUAGGCCACCAUGUAAAUACUCAUGCGAGAGUGUGGUCUAGUUUUGUUCAUGCACCGGAUUCAUGAGGAUCCAGAUCAAGAGGAGAGCAAAAUCUAUUAUACGAAGAAGAAAAACCGCAAACGCUUAGACUGGAAGGUACAUUGGCAAAAUUGGACCCAAUGUCUGGACAUUAUCUAACCAUAGUCUUAAGAUGCCUCCAGUUUAAAAUGUGUACCACAAACGGGGCAUCAAAAUCGGAGAGUUUUAUUAAAUUGUUAACAGAUCGGUGUUUGUAUUUAAAUUUCCGCACUAGAUACAGAAUCUCGAAACCUCCACGGACUAAGAUUCGUUAAUAUUUGGUCGAAUUUAUGCUAUUAUGAAACUAUUACUGAGCAACGCACACGGUAACGCAAGUAUUAUAUUUUGUGGCGCACACUAACGGCGGCGCUUACGCGUUACGAGAAAAACGAAAAGGAUAUCGAAGGACUCAGUGAACUAGGCGGAGAACUAGUUCCGGAGACUGGACGAUUUAGGUGCAAAAAUUUGGAAAAAAUCCAACGUCGAAUUCUAACCAAUGCUUUAUCAUCGUUAUCCGCUUGCAUGAACCACAACGUACGAUAAUUUAAAUACUAGUGACAAGGUUCUAGUGGGGCGGUCCGGGUGGCCGAGGCGAUAACGGCGCCGGUCUUCACACGGCAGGACCGGGGCUCAAAUCCUGUCCAGACCGGCUCCCCGUACGUAGGGCUCUGACUACUUUACUAAAGGGUAAAAUCAAGUCACAGAAAGCUAGAAAUGGCAGGCCGCGAGACCUCUCGAGGUUGUAGUGCCAGGGAGGAAGAAGAAGACAAGGUUUUCAACACUGUAGAGAUAACUCAAAAUGGCAACCCGUGCAGAGGUGAGCUACGAAAUUAACGCGCGCUAUUGGAAUGAGAAUGAGUGACGGAGAAACGGAGCAGAGCAAACUAGGUGCUGAUGAUGUAUAAAAAUCUUCCAUUAGAAAUUGGUCUGAAGAUGUACUAACUAUACGUUCUGUGCGCUUGUGUCUAAUAAAUGUGCUGAAAAGGAA